CCUUCAUCCUGACAGAGCCACGAUGAAGGCAUCACUGCUGCUCUGUGCUUUCCUUUUCUUUCACACCUGCUUUUCAAAACCAGUGAAUCGACCCACCAACUGGCUCAGACAAUGCCGUGCCUCCACCAACCUCUCCCUCACAGCCCUGGAGGUGCUGCCGGGUGGAGGCUGGGACAACCUGCGGAACAUGGAUAUGGGACGAGUCAUGAAAUUUGGCUAUUUCCAAUGCCAGACCACUGAAGACGGGCUCUAUCUUAUCCCAGAUGAGGUGUUUGUUGUUCCCUACAAAGAGACGGCCGUGGAGACCAGCUCAGAGAUCAUCAGUUCCUGGCUGGAUCAGAAAGGCUCGACAGCUGCCUCCAUAAACGCUGAUGUUUCUGAUCUCCCUAGGCUGAACGCCAAGUUUUCUGUUGAGAUUACUAGGAUGAAAACCCAUCAGGUCAAGGACUCCUCAACUACAGCCAGAGUGCAAGUGCGAAACUUCAUCUACUCGGUUAAGUCUUACCCAGACUUUGCUUUGGAUUCCCGCUUUGCUCACCAAGUGAAAGAAAUCGUCGACGCUAUUGAAAACAACCAGACGAGGCGUGCCGACUACCUCUCAGAGAAGAUGGUGUUGGACUUCGGCACUCAUGUAAUCACAAGUGUUGAUGCUGGAGCUUCUUUGUCACAGGAAGACUACCUUCAUUCCUCUUAUGUCUCCGUCUCGGACAGAUCCUUAAUUAAAUUGCAGGCCGGAUUAAACUUUUAUGACAAACUGAAGUUUGACAUAAGCAGCAACUACACCCAAAAGAGUUCAACUCUUCAAAACUACCAGUCCAACAUUACAUACUCCAUCAUUCAAAGCCAUGGAGGUGCCCCCUUUUAUCCUGGUAUCUCUCUGCAGAAGUGGCAAGAGAGCACCAAAAACAAUUUGGUUGCCAUCGACCGUUCAGGAGUCCCCCUCCACUAUUUGAUCAAUAGCAAUACAAUACAAGAUCUGCCACAGCCUACCCUUAACAAGGUGGCUCUGACAGUGAGUCAGGCCAUAGAGCGUUACUACAGGAUUAACACCCGCCCUGGCUGUGUCGACGUCACAGCCAAGAACUACAACUUCCAAGCUAAUGUUGAUGAUAAGUCUUGUGAGGGUCCUGCCACAAACCUUAGCUUUGGGGGCGUCUACCAAGCGUGCACAGAACUGAGCUCAGAUGCAGGUCCACUGUGUGAAGAACUGGCCCAGAAAAAUCCAAUUACAGGGGACUUUUCCUGCCGCUACCCUUACACCCCAUUGUUAUUGCGGUCAGAAGUAAGACAGGAGGGUUACACAACUCGUGACUGCUAUGACAUCAUUUAUUCAUGUGGAUUUCUGUAUUUGUAUACUUGCCAGAGAGAACAAUGUCAGGACAACUACAGUGUACGCAGUGCUCGCAUUUUGACCUACUGGUGCUCUGUUAAUGGGACAGCCCCAGAAAAUUCUGGGUAUCUGUUUGGGGGCAUUUACAGCCCAUCCUCUCCAAAUCCCAUUACCAAUGCCAAAAGCUGCCCUGCAAACUACAUCUCUUUGAAAUUUCUUUCAGAUGGCCAAAGGAUCUGUGUGAGUCAAGACUAUGAAUUGGCGAACAAUUUUUCUGUCCCAUUUGGAGGUCUGUUCAGUUGUGAAUCAGUCAACCCUCUGGCAAACAACCAACGCAGGUGCCCUCCCGGGUACAGCCAACACCUUGGGACAGUCAGCAAUGGUUGUGAAAUCCUUUACUGCGUCCAGUCAGGGUUGUUUACUGGUGGUGAACUACUACCAAUCCACCUGCCCCCCUUUACGAAAGCCCCACUGGUUAGCAUGCAAGCAACCAACACUGUGAUGGUAAUGACUAAAGGAGACAAUAGCUCGGUCCACGUUGGGGGGACAAAAGCAUGGAAACUGGCCAAACCAGAAGAAAUCAAUACAAUUUUGAAAGAGAUUCACCCAGAGCUGAUUGAGAUGUCGAGCAGGCAUUUUGAGAGAUUGGUUUGAUGGUGCUGAUUGUCAUUGUGGUGGUGGUUCUGAGAAGGAGGAGGAGGGGGUCUCAUUUUAAAACAGGAGAGUUUGAGGAAAUACCUGCUGGUCUGGAGAGGGCAACAGAGCAGGAAGUGGCUUAAAACUGAGGUUAUGCUGGAGACAAACAGGUUUUUAUUUUCUUUACUUUCAUUUUCUUGCUGUUCACGUUAGCAUUUUCUCUCUCCAGAAUCGUUUUCUUUGAAGCAAUAGAUAUUUCUUUCAUUAAAAAUGUUUUAUAUUGAAGGGACUUGUGUACUUUUUCAAUAAGGGGAAGUUCUGAGGUAUGUGCAAACUUCAACAUGAAUGAUUGCUGCCAUAAUGUGGCCAAGAGUCAUAAUUCCAUGUAAUAGACACCAACAUAUCUUUUAUGAACAUUGUUUUAUGCAAGUAGAAAACAUCAGUUGCUUUCUAACAAUCUACUCACUCAAAAUAUGUAUACUCAAUUUUGUAUAUUUUGUUAUAACCUAAUAAAUAUAAGAUUUUGUUCUUGAUUGAAAUUAUUAAAAAUAAAAUGUAUGUUACCUCCUUUUGUUAUUGUGGGAACCUUAAUAAAGAUGCCUAAUCAGUUG